AUGCCUACCAAUGGGGAGGGCAAACACCGGUUGUUGCCCCCAAUGGACUCGCCGCCGCCCAAGCGCUACAAGUCCGAGUCGCUCCCGUCCAGCGACGCGGGUCGUUCACGGUACUACCUCUCACAAUCGGCCCAGCCAAGUGAAUCGGGCCGUUCCCGACAGACCUCCACGGCCAUGGACAUCUAUUCCAUCACCAAUAAAGAUCCCGUCGAGCGAGAGCGCCGCGAAAACCGCUGGUAUAGCAGCAAUGGUUCGGUCGCGUCGCAUCCCUCCCAGCCAUCAUCUCAUUCACCACGCGCGCUGACGCCCGGUCGCAAAUACCCCGAGCGAUAUCCAUGCUACUCGGAAAACGGACGAACAUACCAUGGCUAUCGGAAAGGAGUAUACCUGCUCCCCUGUGACGACGAGGAACAGGACCGCCUCGAUAUCUUCCACAAGCUCUUUACCGUCGCUCGCGUGUCCGAUGGCCUGAUCUAUGCGCCGCACCCGCCCAGCUCCCGCAUCUUGGAUCUGGGCUGCGGCACGGGAAUCUGGAGCAUCGAAGUGGCCCAGAAGUACCCGGAAUCGUUCGUGGUGGGUGUGGACCUGGCACCAAUUCAACCGCAGAACCAUCCGAAGAACUGCGACUUCUACGCACCAUUUGAUUUCGAAAGUCCCUGGACGCUGGGCGAGGAUUCCUGGGAUCUCAUCCACAUGCAGAUGGGCAGUGGCAGCAUUGUGAGCUGGCCCAGUCUCUACCGACGGAUCUUCUCGCAUCUGCGUCCGGGCGCGUGGUUCGAGCAGGUGGAGAUCGACUUCGAGCCGCGCUGUGACGACCGCUCGCUGAGCGGGCUGGCUCUGCGUCACUGGUAUCAAUCGCUGAAGCAUGCCACAGAGGCGAGCUCGCGCCCCAUCGUACACAGCUCCCGUGAGACGAUCCGGAAUCUACAGGAAGCAGGGUUCACCGAGAUCGAUCACCAGAUGGUCGGACUGCCCUUGAAUCCCUGGCACCAAGACGAACAUGAGCGCAAGGUUGCCCGUUGGUAUAACCUCGCCAUCUCCGAGAGCAUUGAGCCGCUCAGUCUGGCUCCCUUCAGCCGGAUCUACAAGUGGCCUGUCGAUAAGAUCCAGCGCCUGGCCGCAGAUGUCAAGUCGGAGGCUUUCAAUAAGGAUCUCCAUUGCUAUAAUAUCCUUCACAUCUAUCAGGCGCGGAAGCCAGCAGCAACAGCAACAGCAACAGCGACAGCCGCAGCCACAGCCACAGCCAAUUGA